UCAAUGUUCAUAGUAAACUACAUUACAAUAUAAACAGUUCACACUGUACCAAUAGUCAAUACACAUAAACACAAUAUUACACAUCACUAUUUCCGCCAAACGCCGCAUACGCCGCGCACUUACCGUACGUGCUGAACGGACAAGGUUAGAGAUCUCGGGUUAUAUAAUAAUCGAGGUUUAACUUGUUUGCGAUAACGUCUGUCGGUCGGUCGGUCGGCUCGAAUAUAACCGAGGGCGGUCUGAACUCCCAAGUUCUCCCCAGUUCCCACUUCCCGUAUGAGCUUGUCGUCAACCGAGUUUGUUCACACGACAAGGCCCGCCGGCCGCCGAAUUAGCGUGUUCGCAUCGAUUUCCAUAUUUAAUUAGUAAUCAUUGUGACAAUGCCUCGAGAUAUGAAUCGAAAAAGAAACCAUGCCAAUACAAACCGAAGGCCUGUUGCCUCAAGCUUAUCAGUAAAUGCUCCAGAGUUUGUCCCUACAGUGACAAAUAAUGAAGCAGCUGCUGAUCAAAGGCAACGUGGUGGACCAAUAAGGACUAUGACGUUUUAUGGUCAUUCAAGUGCUCCACAUAGUAGUGGGAAUGAUAGUCAUACGUCGAGUUCUUCAGCAACUAAUACAGACACUACUGUAUCAACUGUUACCUCGAGUUCUUCCAAAUCCUCCCAAAGAGACGAAUUAAUUGGCCUAUUAAACAGUGGGCAAUUAGACUGCGUGGUGUGCUAUGAACGAACUGCAAAUAAUGAACCUAUUUGGAGUUGUCGUAAUUGUUAUCAAAUUUUUCAUUUGAAAUGCAUAAUGGUUUGGUUUCUCAAAUCGUAUAAUGGCGCGUCUUGGAGAUGUCCAGCAUGUCAAAAUGAAGUAAACCAAAAACCGACUUACGUAUGCUUCUGUGGUAAUUUACCAAACCCUUUUGCUGAUAACGUGGAUAUUCCACAUACAUGUGGUCAAGUUUGUGGGGCUAAGAAAAAAAACAAUAAUAAGUCAUACGAAUGCAACCACAAGUGUACUAUACUCUGUCAUCCAGGACCAUGUCCUCAGUGUAUGGCAUUAGUACAAAGGAAUUGUGGGUGUGGUAAAGUUAAAGUGUAUGUUCAAUGUGGACAAUCAACUCCUGUGUCUUGUCAGAGUAUUUGUGCAAAGGAACUGAACUGCAAAAAUCAUAUUUGUGAGAAAAUUUGCCAUGGCGGGAUAUGUGGUCCAUGUACAAGACACUGCAGACAAGAAUGCUUUUGUGGCCGCUCAAAACGACAGUUGCCUUGCACAGUGGAAAACGCCAUGGUGGUGUAUUUUAGUUGUGGAGAACUGUGUAAUAAAAAACUGUCGUGCGACAAUCAUUUGUGUCAACAGCGCUGUCAUACGGGACAAUGUGAUCCUUGUGCAAAGCUCAUAGCGGACAGGUGCCCGUGUGGUAAAAGGCUGCUCUCCCAAGAUGAGCUGGACAAUCGUAAGUCGUGUACACUGCCCAUACCUACGUGUGACGAGCUGUGUGGCAAACCCCUGGGAUGUGGUCAAGCAGAAACACCUCACUUUUGCGAACGUAAAUGUCACGAAGGACCAUGUUCCCCGUGCAAUCUAAAAACAAAGUAUGUGUGCCGUUGUGGAAACAGAUCAAAAGAGAUCAAGUGCAGCAAUGUCACUACUGAGCUUACGUGCAAAAAAAAAUGCAAUAAGAUGUUAUCUUGUGGUAAACAUAGAUGUGCAACAAUGUGCUGCAAUGCUCAAGAGCAUAUUUGUAAUAGAGUUUGUAACGGACUGUUAAAUUGUCGUCAACAUCGUUGCGACAUCAUGUGCCAUACUGGUAGUUGUAGUCCGUGUUAUGUUGCUAGUUUUGAAGAGUUGUACUGUCGUUGUGGGAGCAGUUAUAUUCCCCCACCGGUUCGAUGUGGUACCCGCCGCCCUCCUUGUUCACUACCGUGUUCACGAGAACACGAGUGUGGUCAUCCGGCCACUCAUGUGUGUCACGACGAAGAAGAGUGUCCUCCUUGUAUAGCCCUAACCCAAAAACUUUGUUACGGCGGUCACGAGUUGCGUUUCGCCAUUCCUUGCCACAUUAAAAAUGUUUCAUGCGGGAUGCCUUGUGGUAAUCCUCUACCGUGUGGACGACACAUGUGCCCCAAACCCUGUCAUCCGGCGCCCUGUGAAGAUGGGUCGUGUCGUCUGCCAUGCAAUUUACCGAAACCAAAUUGCGGUCACCCUUGUUCAAACCCUUGUCACCCAGGCCCGUGCCCUCAACAGUCGUGUAAAAUAAUGGUGCCUGCAAGUUGUAUUUGCGGUAACAUAACUGAAGCUAGAUUGUGCUCGGAUCCCAAAGUGAACGAAUAUCGCCUUCAGGUCAGAACACAAUCCAUGAGCUUAUUGGACAAUAUCGUCAACGCACAGUUAAACAUAAAAACAUAUAAAAUCUUGGAUUGCACAUCGGAAUGCGCCAAAAUUGAAAGAAAUCGACGUAUUGCGCUUGCUUUACAAAUUCAAAAUCCAGACUUGUCCCCGAACGUAACGCCAAAGUAUUCGGACUAUAUGAAAGAAUUCGCCAAGAAAAAUGGACCAUUCUGCAACUUUGUUCAUGAAAAACUUGCCGAACUAGUCACGAGUGCUAAACAAUCAAAACAAAAUUCUCGCAGUUAUUCGUUUGAAGUAAUGAAGUACGAAAAGCGAAAGCUGGUACACGAAUAUUGUGAACAUUUUGGGUGUGAAUCAGUCGCCUACGAUUCUGAACCCAACAGAAAUGUUGUGGCCACCGCUUAUAGAGAUAAAUCUUGGCUUCCAAAUUAUAGCGUUGUCGAAGUCUUACAACGAGAAGGAGGAUGUCCUCGUGUUAAUCCAUUCACCAGUAUUCAAAAGCGAAACAUGGUAAUCCUCAACAGAAAAUAGUAUAACAUUUUACUAUAGAAAUAUUUAAUUUACUGAUAUAUUGUAUAAUUUCAUAUUUCGUUAAAUCGUUUUGUUUUGUGAAAAUGGUUAAUGGUUUACCAACAAUGUAUCGUAACAAUGUUCAAGAAAAUAAUAAUAUAGCUGUAGAAAAUUGUUAUUUUAAUUAACUUAUUAAAGAAGACGAUAUUGGUUGAAAAAUGUAAUAAAUAAAAACAUGCUAUCAAUAA